AGGGAUCGGUGUAAAAAUUAGAGCUUUCUGUGUCUCUGUGUGUGGCUUUGGAUUCUUCUAGCUAUUCGUGCAUGCCAGCUUUGCUUGGCAUGGAUGAACAAGUAUAAAAUCCAGCAUUAACAAUAAUAAUAAUAAAUAAAUCAGGGGAAAAAAAGAAGAAGAAGAAGAAGAAGAAGAAGAAGAAGGGGUCCGAAAGCUGGUGAAUUUCUGCCCCUUUUUAGUUCUCUCUCUGGGUGUUGACAGAUUUGGAGGAGAGAGAAAAUCUAGAGAGAGAGAGAGAGAGAUGGUGGAGAGUGGUCGGAGGAGGAGGACGAAGGAGGAGGAGGCGGUAAUGGUGGUCUUGCUAGGGCUCUGCAUUCUGAGCUGUCUGCUCACUCCCGUCAGGGGAGCCACAGAUCAAUCUGAUGCUUCAGCGUUGUGGAACAUGUAUAGCAGUUUAAAUAAUGCUGCUCAGCUAACCAAAUGGAUCGCAAAUGGUGGUGAUCCGUGUGGCGAGUCUUGGAAAGGCAUUACUUGCUCGAACUCCCGAGUAACACAAAUAAAAUUGCCAGGCCUCGGACUGACUGGAUCAAUUGGUUUCCAGCUUGGAAGUUUGACAUCACUAACUGAGUUAGACGUCAGUAAUAACAAUCUUGCUGGGCAGAUUCCUUACUCACUCCCUCCUAGUGUCCAAAGACUGAAUCUUGCCAAUAACAACUUCAAUGGAGAUAUCCCGUAUUCUAUUUCUCAGAUGACUUCUCUCAAGUACCUAAACCUCGGACACAAUCAGCUUCAGAACCAACUGAAUGAUAUGUUUAGCCAGCUUACAUCACUCUCCACAUUGGAUCUCUCCUUUAACUCUCUGACGGGCAACCUCCCCCGUAGUUUCAGCUCUCUUUCGAGCAUGACAACUAUGUACUUGCAAAACAACCAAUUUUCUGGAGAUAUCAAUGUCCUUGCAAAUCUUCCCCUUGAUACUCUGAACAUUGCAAACAAUCAUUUCACAGGGUGGAUUCCUGAACAGCUGAAGGGCAUUCAUUUGCAGAGAGAUGGCAACUCAUUCAGCUCAGGCCCUGCACCCCCUCCGCCACCUGGCACUCCACCAAUCACCAAGUCGAACCGAAAUCAUAGAUCGGGGAGUAAUAACAGCCCCUCUGAUAGUGAUAAUGGUGGCGGCGGUAAAAAGUCAGGAAUAGGUGGUGGUGGAAUUGCUGGAAUCAUUAUUUCCCUCUUGGUCGUUGGGGGGAUUAUUGCUUUCUUCCUUGUGAAGAGAAGAUCCAAAAGGUCAUCGCCUGAUAUAGAAAAGUUUGACAAUCAGCCUCUUGCUCCACUUGCUUCUAAUGACAUGCACGAGAUGAAGUCUGUGCAAACAGCUCCUGCAAUCAAUACAAAGACAUUUGAUACAUCAGCUUCGAUAACUCUCAAGCCACCCCCGAUCGAUCGUCACAAGUCAUUUGAUGAAGAGGACUUUCCAAAGAAGCCUGUCGUAGUGAAGAAACCUGUAAAGAUUCCUGUGAACGUGACAUCAUACUCUGUAGCAGAUUUGCAAAUGGCUACUGGAAGCUUCGGCAUUGAGAACCUUCUUGGAGAGGGGACUUUUGGGCGAGUUUACCGAGCGCACUUUGAUGAUGGCAAGGUGGUUGCUGUGAAGAAAUUAGAUUCAUCUGCAAUUCCAAGUGAAUUUUCAGAUGAAUUUCCAGAAAUGGUUUCAAACAUAUCUGAACUGCAUCAUACGAAUGUGACGGAGUUGGUGGGUUACUGUGCGGAGCAUGGGCAGCAUAUUCUAAUAUACGAGUUCCAUAAGAAUGGAUCUCUGUACGACUUCUUCCACCUAUCAGAUGAGUAUAGCAAGCCACUGACUUGGAAUACCAGAGUCAAAAUUGCUCUUGGAACAGCACGAGCUUUAGAGUACCUGCAUGAGGUUUGCUCCCCAUCAAUUGUCCACAAAAAUAUUAAGUCGGCGAACAUUUUGUUGGAUUCGGAGCUCAAUCCUCACCUGUCAGACUCUGGAUUGGCAAGUUUCCUUCCAAAUGCGGAACAGGCAUUAAGCCAAAAUGCGGGGUUGGGAUACAGCGCUCCUGAGGUUACAAUGUCAGGGCAAUAUACACUAAAAAGUGAUGUUUACAGUUUUGGAGUGGUAAUGCUGGAGCUCCUCACUGGACGUAAACCAUUUGACAGCUCAAGGCCUAGAUCCGAGCAAUCUUUGGUCCGCUGGGCAACUCCACAGCUCCACGAUAUUGAUGCUCUCUCUAAGAUGGUUGAUCCGGACCUCAAGGGGCUCUACCCCGUGAAGUCUCUCUCCCGAUUUGCCGACGUCAUUGCCCUUUGUGUCCAGGCUGAACCGGAAUUCCGACCACCGAUGUCCGAAGUAGUUCAGGCACUGGUCCGUCUGGUCCAACGUUCUAACAUGAGCAAGAGGACAUUCGGAAAUGACCAGAGGGCGGCCCAACAGUCUGAUGAUCUCGACAUGUAGAAGAUCACCGCUAUCUGUGGCUAUGGAAUCCGACUGUCAGUCUUAUCUCAUGAUGAAGAUUCAAGGAGCCUUGGAGAAGUUCGUCAUCAAAACAUUAAGCACGGUCCCAUUUAUUUAUUUUCGCUCUCUCCACCUUUACCUUCACUGUUGGCUGUACUAUAUGAGAUGAAGAUCAGCUUGGUACACUGCUUGUUAAUAUCUUAUACAUCGGUGAGCUAGUUCUUGUUUCUUUGCU